AUGGCUACCACUGGUCCAUCACUCAUCAGCUCCCUCUCCAUCUUCACCCCAGCAUCGGAAUACACCAUCUCAGGGCUCAUCCGUAAAGCUAAAACCACCACCUGUCAGCUUGAUCCUCUUCCCACCACCCUGGUCAAGGCUUGCCUACCAGCCAUAUUACCCAUGAUCACUGACAUAAUUAACUCCUCCCUCUCCUCUGGAAUUGUACCCACCUCCCUCAAACUAGCUGCAAUCACUCCCAUCCUCAAAAAAAACGGUACUGACCCAGCCGAUCUAAACCACUACAAGCCCAUCUCCAACCUACCCUUAAUUUCCAAGACCCUUGAGAGGGUGGUUGCUGCACAGCUUCAGUCCCAUCUUGACACAAACAACCUCCAUGAACCCUUCCAAUCUGGUUUUCUGCCAAAAACACAAUCCACAAACCGUACCCACACUGGAGAAAAACCUUUCACCUGUGACCAGUGUGAGAAGAGAUUUAGCCAUUCAGACUCAUUGAAGGUCCACCAGAGAAUCCACACUGGAGAAAAACCUUUCACCUGUGACCAGUGUGAGAAGAGUUUCUGGAGUUCAGGGAAUUUGAAGAUCCACAAACGUACCCACACUGGAGAAAAACCUUUCACCUGUGACCAGUGUGAGAAGAGCUUUAGCCAGUCAUACUCAUUGAAGGUCCACCAGAUAAUCCACACUGGAGAAAAACCUUUCACCUGUGACCAGUGUGAGAAGAGCUUUAGUAUCUCAAGCAAUUUUAAGGUCCACCAGCAAACCCACACAGGAGAAAAACCUUUCACCUGUGACCAGUGUGAGAAGAGUUUCUGGAGUUCAGGGACUUUGAAGGUCCACCAGCGAACCCACACUGGAGAAAAACCUUUCACCUGUGACCAGUGUGAGAAGAGCUUUAUCCAGUCAGCCGAUUUGAAGGUUCACCUGCGAACCCACACUGGAGAAAAACCCUACUCCUGCGACCAGUGUGAUAAGAGCUUUAGCCACUCAAGCCAUUUUAAGGUCCACCAGCGAACCCACACUGGAGAAAAACCUUUCACCUGUGACCAAUGUGAGAAGAGCUUUAGCGGGUCAGGCUAUUUGAAGAUUCACCAGCGAACCCACACUGGAGAAAAACCUUUCACCUGUGACCAAUGUGAGAAGAGCUUUAGCGGGUCAGGCUAUUUGAAGAUUCACCAGAGAAUCCACACUGGAGGAAAAAACCCUACUCUGUGACCAGUGUGAGAAAAGCUUUAGGCAGUCAGGCCAUUUGAAGAUUCACAAGCGAACCCACACUGGAGAAAAUCCUUUCACCUGUUGACCGCUUGUUUUGAAGAGCUUUAGCCGGUCAGGCUAUUUGAAGAUUCACCAGAGAAUCCACACGGGAGAAAAACCCUACUCCUGUGACCAGUGUGAGAAAAGUUUCAAGGACUCACGCUCAUUAAAGCACCACCAGAUAAUCCACACUGGAGAAAAGCCUUUCACCUGUGACCAGUGUGAGAAGAGUUUCUUGACUUCAGGCAAUUUGAAGAUUCACAAACAUACCCACACUGGAAAAAAACCUUUCACCUGUGACCAGUGUGAGAAAAGCUUUAGGCAAUCAGG